AUGAACCCUUCUCCAUCUACGGUCUCUACAAUCUACCAAGAACACGAAGGACCAGAGGAGCCGACUCUGAGCAAGUUUCACCAUCACUCUCUGUUUCCUCCCGAAGAGAUGAACUCGGCCAGGAAGUUCUCAUAUGCCUCAGUCAAAGAAGAGCCAGGGGAAGGUCUUCCCCAAUCAUUCGAGUCCUCCCUAUCGAGCCAGGACCUGGAGGAGGUGGAAUGGAUAGCGUGGCCCUGCAGCCAGUGGUGCAAGACGAAGGGACUCUGUUCAUUCCACUGGGGUGGCUCGCACGAAGACCAUGUUCGAACAAGAUUGGAAGGCUAUGCUCGCAACAAUCCCAGAAAAUUGGAAAAGAUUCUCGAUGAAUUAGAAAAGAGGAGGGCAGCGCAGAAGCUCUUCAAUCUCCCUUUCGCCAAAGAUAUCACUCGAGUCCAUCCACAUGCAGCCAAUUUCAACCUCGAUGUCUGGAGAGAGAAAGUCAGAGAGUCAAUUGGGGUCAAAGAAUCCUUUGAGGAAAGCGCCGACACAGCAAUCGACGACUCGGAUGACGGUCCGUCUCAAGCUUCGGACUUUCCUCAAACGCGCGGAGCCUCGUAUUUGGAGUCGAUGCCCGAGGAAAUCUUAGAAUUGAUCCUCUCCUACGUCACAGUCGAUCAUACGGCCGACCCUUAUGCAAGACCCCAUGUUGAUCUGGCCGCUUGCUCACUGGCAUCGAAGAGAUUGCAUUCAGCAGCAUUACGAGUCAUGUACCGGCAUGUCUCUAUUCCUCAAUCCAGGGCAUUCUCCAAGUUGAUGAGAAGCCUCGGCGCCGACAACAAGUUGGGAGAAUUGGUCCAAUGGUUGGACUUCUCACACUACUCGAACAUGGGAUUUGGCAGUGCUCGAAGCACCAGGAACCAAACUCCUUACCUCAAACCCCAAACUCUCCUCGCAUGUCUAAAAUUGAUACCGAACCUCCAGGCUUUCCUCGUUCACGAACAUGUGGAUGAAGAGCUUGAUGUCAACGUCCUCGCCCAAUUGUUCAGCAUGCCAUUCGUGCAUGCUCUGGACUUCUGCGCCUGCUCUGCUCGCCCCUUUGCUGAAGCCUUCACCACUGUCGUCCGACGACUUCCCAAGACCGAACCCUUGAUCAACCUCACACGACUCUCCCUCCACGAAUGCACAACACUUCAAGAGCCUGUCUUCGAGGCUCUUCUACCGCGGCUUUCAAACUUGACCCACCUCGACUUGGCUCACACUUUCGUCAACGACACGGCGUUGCUCUCCAUUCCCCCCACGGCCAAGAUUACCCAUUUGAAUCUUGAACGCUGCACACAUCUUACGGGUCCCUCGGUCGUCAAAUUUCUCACCACCCACCCGGCAGUCAAGGAGAGCAUCGUUUAUCUGGACCUUGCGGCCGACGCGUCUCGCCACAGACUCCUGGCCGAACAGGACGUGACGCGGCUUGUGGCAUCAUUGCCAUCGACAUUGCGUUCUUUGAACCUCGGUGGUGCACGAGUCAAUGCUUCCCACAUUCCCGCAUUGAGAAGGCUUGCCAGACAUGUCGAGGAACUCGGUCUUCGGGGCGCCAAUCUGAGCCUGGGAUCGGAUAUCAAAAGCCUGUUCAAACCCGACGAGUCCGAUAUAUCCGUGGAUGACUUCCAAAGCACCAUUCGCUAUCUUGACCUCAGCGACAUCAAAUCUGUGACACAAAUGUCUCUCUCCUACUCUCCAAGCGCCCUGACUGAUUUGGACACACUCCCCCUCGAAGUCAUCGAGCUGAGCUCCGAUGUCCUUGGAGAGGUGAAACGGCGUAAUGCUCACAUCAAACGGCCGGAGUGGACUGUCAAGGAACUCGGCCGGAGAGGCUGGUUUGUCAGACAGCCGAUUGAAGGAGUCACAUCGGUUGAUGACGGAACUCGUCCCUGGAAAAUGGGCGCCAGAUGGUGGGGUAUGAGGAAAAUCCCCGUCGUCGAGCAGGAUGUUGGCGGAAUGUACGGAUAUUUCAUGUUCAAGCGGUCCUGA